AUGGGGCUUUUAUCCCCAGUCACGUGUAACACAUUGAAGCAAUGGAGACAGAGGGGACACUCUAACAGGAAGCAAUGGAGACAGAGGGGAAACUCUAACAGGAAGCAAUGGAGACAGAGGGGAAACUCUAACAGGAAGCAAUGGAGACAGAGGGGAAACUCUAACAGGAAGCAAUGGAGACAGAGGGGAAACUCUAACAGGAAGCAAUGGAGACAGAGGGGAAACUCUAACAGGAAGCAAUGGAGACAGAGGGGACACUCUAACAAGAAGCAAUGGAGACAGAGGGGACACUCUAACAGGAAGCAAUGGAGCCAAGGGGAAACUCUAACAGGAAGCAAUGGAGACAGAGGGGACACUCUAACAGGAAGCAAUGGAGACAGAGGGGAAACUCUAACAGGAAGCAAUGGAGACAGAGGGGACACUCUAACAGGAAGCAAUGGAGACAAAGGGGAAACUCUAACAGGAAGCAAUGGAGACAGAGGGGACACUCUAACAGGAAGCAAUGGAGACAAAGGGGACACUCUAACAGGAAGCAAUGGAGACAGAGGGGACACUCUAACAGGAAGCAAUGGAGACAGAGGGGGCACUCUAACAGGAAGCAAUGGAGCCAAGGGGAAACUCUAA